AUGACAUCUCUGAGGCUCGUCUUCUUCCACCUGACAUGUUUGUUCUUGGGGAUAAUGGCUCAAACAGCUGCUCGGGUUUCCUCGUCUUUUUAUCCAGACAGAGGUUUUUUAUCAGUGAAAACUGGGGACAACUUGACUCUGACAUGUUCCUAUAAUGCUGAUGUUGUUGCAAGGCUUUACUGGUAUAAACAACCCCUGGGACAGAAACUACAGCUCAUCGCCACCACGUUCAAGUUUGAUAAAAAUGGCACUUUUUACGGUGAAUUCAACAACAACCCGCGCUUCACACUGGAUACAGGGGAUGGUAAAAAUCACUUAAAAAUCUCAGAUCUGCGUAUUUCAGAUACCGCCACUUACAACUGCAUGAGUAGUUUUUUAAACACGUUAGGAAUUUCAGAGAGUAUUGCUGUCAGUGUGAUGGGUUCAGCUUGGGUCCAUCAGUCAGCAUCUGGGAUCAUCCAGCCAGGAGGCUCCGUGACUCUGAACUGUACAGUACACACUGGGACCUGUGAUGGAGAACACAGUGUUUAUUGGUUCAAACGCUCUCAAGAAUCUCAUCCAGGACUCAUUUACACCCAUGGAGGCAGGAAUGAUCAGUGUGAGAGGAAAGACAACACACAAACACACACCUGUGUCUACAACUUGCCAAUGAAGAGCCUGAAUCUUUCUCAUGCUGGGAUCUACUACUGUGCUGUUGCCUCAUGUGGACACAUACUGUUUGGAGACGGGACAAAAGUGGACUUGCAAGACAAUGUGGACUCUCCUGUCUUGGUGUAUUUCUUGAGUGGAGCUUUGACACUCACCACCAUCCUGGUAGUUUUACUGGCUCUCUCUUUGUUCAAGAUGAGGAAGGGAAACACUUAUCAGUCCACAGAGUCUCAAGGAAGAUCAUCUGCUCCCUCCACAACAAAUGCAGAGGGUCAUGGAGAUGCAGAUAACGUCCAUUAUGCUGCUUUAAGCGUCAAGCUGCCCAACAGGUCAAGAAGACAGAGGAAGAACACCGACAGUGAAUGUGUGUACUCCAGUGUGAAGCUCUAGAACUGGACCUGUUUCAGCAAAUACUCCUUCAUGGCCGUGUUGGUACACAGGAAUGCCAUGGGAGCAUCUCCUAGCGAGGACAAUUUGACCUGUAAUACUGACGCCUCUUUUAUCUCUGGAAUAUUAAAUUGAUAUGGCAGAGAGAAUGUGCAGUCUCAAUUCGCAAUGCAUUGCUUUCUGGUAGAACAUGUUUUCCUCCAACCAUAGCCAUCAGGACACCUACUCAUGUUACAAUAUCUGCUUGUUCUGGCUGACAAUUCUAUGUUGCUUGAUGUAAAAACAACAUUGUGCUGCA